AUGUCUACUUGUUCUAAUUUGUUGAUAUCAUUUUCUAUUUGUAUGUCGCUAACACAGUCAUCCUUUACAAUUUGUCUGUGUUCAGACUUAUCUCGUCUUGCUGAACUUUCUGCAUUUCCUUUACAAAGAGGACAACCUCUUGCCCAAUGUCCUUCUUUGCCACAAUCCCAGACACCUUCUGCAUUCAGUUUUGACUGAUUCCAACGCUCUCUUCCGCUAUUGUAACCUCGUCCUCUUCUACUACGACCAAGGCCUCUACCGCGUCCUUUUUGUUACAGGCCUCAUUAGAUCGGGGCGGUGUAAAGGUUAAGAAUGAAAAGCUGACCACUCUAAUGUUGCUCUACGAAUCAUUCAUCCUGUUGAAGGACCAUCUAAUUGUUGCCUGUGUGGUUUUUGCAGCAGAGUGGCACAUUUCCAUCAGGUCCAUCCCUACAAAAGGCGGCGGAGCGGCCGUCCCGAGAGAUGGCGGUCAUUUGAAAGUGAAUGUCCAAGUAGCACAGAAGGCUUUUUGUCGGCGGGCCCACAAUGGAGGCUCCCCGGGUGGGAAUGUGGACCACUUCCGCCUACGAGCGUACAUAUAAUGUCAGCCGUGGAGGCAGACAUGAGGAUCUUCUGACGGCGCACAGAUUACGUGAUAGUGUCGUGCUUCCCAAACGCCAUUAUCGCCAACGUGCCCGAGUGUCCGUACGGCUGGGAGAUGGAGCAACUCUCCCUGGGGGGGGUGUGCUCCACAGGUGUGCAUAGCUCCGGUUACUACCGCUUCAUCAUCCCCGACCUGACGCCCAAGAACCACUCGUACUGCGGCACUCAGUCAGAGUACAUCCCAGGGAAAGACGCCCGCUAUAUCUUCUUCAAUUCGGUGGUGUCCAACGACACGUCGCUGACACUCAGGAACCAGCCGGUCAACUACACUUUCAGCUGCGUGUACCGCGCCACCUAUCUGGUCAACAACGCCGUCUUCAGCCAGAGAGUGGCCACUGUCUACGUCAGCAACGGCACUUUGGGCUCCUUUAUGUCACAGCUGUCCAUGGGCGUGUUCACUAACGCCAAGUUCCUGUACGCCAAAGAAGCGCCAUAUGUGAUCGACACCUCCGAGAUUGGCUCAGAGGUUUUUGUUGGCGUAGAGGCCAAAGGGCUGAGCGGACGCUUCCGAGUGGUCAUAGACAACUGCUGGGCCACGCCCACGCCCUACUCAACAGACAGGAGGAGGUGGAGCCUUAUCAUCAACAGCUGCCCAUCCGACGAUACUGUGAACAUUUUCGAGAAUGCCAAAGACAGCCGCUCCACCUUCAAGUUCAACUCGUUCCGCUUCCGCGACCAGGAGAAGGCAUCCAUCGUGUGGCUCCACUGCGAGGUUCACGUGUGCGACGGCGAGCGGCUCGUCUGUCAGCCGAAUCCUUGCCCAGCCAGGAGACUGGCAUUGAAGGCGGAGCCACAUGGCGGCGUCCUGACUGCUGAAUUUUACAUUAAAGCUAACGGAUCCUCCAGUAAAGGACACAUCAUAGGAGCGUCAGUGCCCCUCCUGCUGCUCAUCUUCAUCAACACAUGCAGUCCUGCUUACGCAACUAAUCAGUGAAGAAGCACCCAUAUGUACUGUACUUGGAGGGAGUGCAUACAGCUCCCAGUGGCUAAUCAGACAAGACAUAUCCAUAUCCAUCCAGAUGCGCAACUGUAGGCACUCCCUAAAAGUCAAGAAAAUAUCGGUGUUUCUUCACUGAUUCAUGCACUCCUUACACUUAAAGUAAAUAUGGCUGUUUCUUUAUCGAUCAGCCACUAUAGUAACGGUAGGCACUCCCUACACUCUAAGUACAUAUGGAUAUGGUUUCUUCAUUGAUUAGCCAACAUAGUACCUGCAUACACUCCCAACGUGUAAUAAAUAUGGACGUUGCUUAAAUGAUUAGCGUCUAGUAGCUGUAUGCACUCCCUACAAGACCCUUACAUUUUUUUUAUUAUUCUAUAUUUGAUAACAUAUGAAGUCAGCCAGGAAUCAGGUGGACUAAGAAUUGUGAUUAAUUUGCUGAAUUAAGUUUAGUAGGAUCAGUUGUGAACUGAUAAUCUCAUGUCUUAUUUCACUUGCACAUAGGGACUUUAAAACCCUGACUUGGAUUCUUGUGCCUUUUGUUUAGAGCGAGGUCCACAUGAAAGGCAUCAAUAAAUAAAUAAUAAAACAA